UAUGUUUCGCCUACAUAUAUACCCAGAUUCCUCCACUUUCCCCUCGUUCCACCCAACUUACUACUAAACACAUCAACAAGCGAAACAUCACCCACAUCAACAAGCGACGACAAAGGGCCGGGAUCCAUGGCCGACGAGUGGUGGAGCAGUAGUACUUCUCAGAGGAGCCACGGCACGUCGGCGUGCACGGCCGCGCCACUCAUGGACACCGGUCACGCAGCCGCAUGCGGCUGGACGUCCCCCGCCGCGGAGUCGACGAGCUCAAUAACCUUCCAAGAUCCCCACAGGAGCAGCUGUGCCACCACUCAUCAGCCUUCAUCCGAUGCCGCUUCCUCGCUCGGAGAUCCACACAUGGAUUGGACGCACGCCUUCUUGAGCGGGAGAAGCGACGCGAGCUUCCAAGCCGUGCUUCAAGACGCCAUGGGCCCGGCGUCUACGACCUCCUCGAGGCCCUUGUUUCGAGCUCAUCAGUCGGCGGCCGACGAUACCGUGAUGAAUAAUAACCCGUUCAGGAACAUGAGCCAUGGUUUCAGCUUGCUAGACCAGGCACCUCCUGCUGCAGCAGCAUCGUCGUCCCCGUACGGCACGGCGCCGGCGUUGCAACAAGGCAUGUUCGACGCCGCCGCCGAGGCUUCUAACACUUCGAUGUUCGGGGAGUGCCAGUCCACUGCGAGCUACGACGCCCAGGCGAUACAGUUGUCUACGCAGAUGCAGGGCGGCGGUGCACAGCAGCUUCAGUACUUGUCCGGCGGCGGCGGCGGCUACAUGCCUUUCGGGGGUGGCCCUUUGUCCUCGCAGCUUCUCUUGCAAGCCCUACAACCCAAGACCAGCUACAGCCCCAACACCCUCAUGGCGAAGUCUGCCGAACGCGCCAGCUCACCGGCGGCGAGGAAAAACGAACCGGACUCCCCCGCCGCAGCGAAAAGGCCACGGAUCGAGGCACCGUCGCCGUUGCCCACGUUUAAGGUAAGGAAAGAGAAGCUAGGGGACAGAAUCACUGCGCUCCAGCAACUAGUCUCGCCUUUUGGAAAGACUGAUACGGCAUCGGUUCUUCACGAAGCCAACGAAUACAUCAAGUUCCUCCAUGACCAAGUUGCGUCUCUCACAUAUCCGUACUUGAAGAAUGUGAACCAAAUGCAGCAGUUCCAGCAGAAGGGAUCCGAGAAUGCGAAGGAAGCCGGUGAGCCAAAGAAAGAUCUCCGAAGCCGAGGUCUGUGCCUUGUCCCGGUGGCGACGACCUACACGGUGGCGAGCGAGACGAUGCCGGAGUUCUGGCACCCGACAUUUGGAGGCACAUUUAGAUAGAGAUAUACUAGGUAGUUUAAUUAGCUUGCUGCAACUACAAGUACGUGCUAAUUAAGCAAUGUGUACAAGUGCAAAUUACAAACAUAACACAGAGCGUUGAAGCAAAAUCAAAGCAAAAAACAUGUGUUGCUAGCGUACUAAGAUAUACACGCAUCUAUGUAUGUGCACGGUGAUCAUCAAACGGAAUUUAAGUACCUAGCCUGAGAAGAAAAGCAUGGGGCAAUCAUCUAACCAGUAAGAGGUGAUGAUACAGGGCUAGUCUUCGAAUUGAAGACAGGCUAAAUUACUCAUAUGAAAAUGUAGGGACAGGUGGAAGAGAGACCGAUUUGAGGCUCCGCAUCCAUACUGUGUGUAUACAGAACGCAAUGAUGUUAUAGUGUUGUAUGAAAAGUUA